AUGCCAAUGACAACAACAACAGAAGCUAGCGGUCUUGAGGCUUCAGGGGAGAUCGUAACGACGACUCCAUUCCCUACUGAGGUGGCUGCUGUCGAGACUCCAACGCAAACGACCGCUUCACAUCGAACGACUGAAAUCGUCUUCUUUACGCACACCCGCCCAUCUACGUUCAGGGAUCCCGCAUGUCGUGAUAUGCGCUAUUCGUGUGCUUUCUGGUUGCAGCACAACCCAGCCGUUUGUACGGAACAGGCAUCGUUCAUGAAAGGCCAAUGUGCGUACACCUGCAAAUUCUGUAUCUCAGAAAUGGACAUCGCGGACGCGGCAGCUCUCGCCGCAAACGCGGCUGCGGAAGAAUCGCGGCGAAGACGUCAUUUAUAG